CUGGUUGCUGAAAAAAAUCUAGCAACAAGUAUAUUUUAAUCAUAUUCAAGAUGCGAUAAUAGCAAUGGGGUAGAAAAAUGGGUGAGGUGUUGGGGCAAUAGGAAACACAAAAAAGAUGAAUAUUGAACAGGGAAAGUCAGGCUAAAAAAAGCAGUCUCCCUAAACCGUGAACAUCAUAUGUACAUGUCCAACACACAUUCACACGCACGCACGCCGCAUAUACACACGCGCACACUCAUAGACAUAGCAAAAUAAACUGUCAAGUAGGGCAAAACAACACUGUGGAGCACCGCUCAGGGACCACACGUGGCAAAAAAGUAAGGAUCUCUAGCCAGUAUAUAACCGCACUCAGGUUGUGGGACGGGAAAGUUAAGUUACACCGCCAACAAACAAGGCAAUAUUAAUUACAUAUAAUACGAAACAGACAAAAAGCAAGCUUAAAAUAUGGGUACCGCUUUGAAACGGUCAGUUACCUUUAUAAAUAAAACUGGGCAUUUAAAUCCAGUACUGGUCAGGACUAAAAUUUUGGUUUUACACCUCAUUUACAUCGAAAUGAAAAUAUAACGUAUGGAAUCAAAGUAUUUCGUCACCAUCAUGUGUCAAAGCAAUGCAGUAAAACCACAAAUUCAACGCUAUUAGAAGCCAUGCAAGGGUAAGGUAAUUGUUCCAAUUCUGUCUUCAUAAAUGAAUUGUAGUCCGCCAAUAUCAUGGAACUUUAAAUAAUGUUCACCUGUUUAGUUCACUGAGUAUCAGUAUAGUUACAUAUAUUUUGCUUUAAGAUAAGAAAUUUGUGAUCUAUUAACGUAUAUUGGAGUUACGUAUUUAUAAAUAGCACCAAUAUGUUAUUCCUAUUAUUUAUUUUAACUAUUUUCUUUGUGAUAUGUCCGUUAUCAGGACAAAGAGGGCCAGUGUGUUACAGCUGCCAAUCAAUAAACGACGUCUCUGAAUGCGCUGUCGUUGACAAAUGCGGCGUUGAACAGGUAUGCUUCGUAGAAACUGAUCCGAACAAUAACUCGAAAAGAAAUCUUGGUUGCCAAGACAUAGGGGUUUGCAGAAAUUUUACAACAAGCUCUACAUGUAGUUCCUGUUGUCAUGGUGAUCUUUGUAAUGACAAAGGAUGUGAAAUAAAAGAAAUUCCUAACCAACAUGGUCCACUUUGUUACACGUGUCAAGGUCAAGAAACCACAAACGAUUGUUCUAAGAUCAAGCAAUGUUCGCUCGGAGAGGUGUGUAUACUUUCAAGAAUCAGAACCGGAAACAAUAUAACAUAUGACAGUAAUUGUGUUAACAAUUAUUACUGCCCAACUGAAGAAAUAUAUGCAGUUGGUAAAAGAGAAGUUGAAUUAAUCAAUGAAAGAAGUGGGAGUACAACGGAAUGUCAGAGGUGUUGUAGUGGAGAUGUUUGCAACGAUAUUGACUGCACCAAUAUUCACGCUACAAACAAUCCAACACAGCCUGUUACAACAACCAUGCAAAUCUCAACAAUCCCUCAGCCAGUGGACGGUAAAUUUGGCGACUGGUCGAGCUGGACACGAUGUCCAUUUAGCUGUGGUCGAGACGGUAUCCAGCAUAGGUUUCGCCAUUGUAAUAACCCAGCUCCACAGAAUGGAGGAAAUCUUUGCUCCGGUGCUAGAAUAGACACACAGUUCUGUCAUAAUGCACCGUGCUGCACCGGUCCACCUGUUAUUACAUUUAUCGACAAUGAUACGUUAGCUCAUAUAGGAGACUUUGUUAAGAUACAUUGUAAUGUCUCCCACGCCGACAGUGUUCUUUGGGAAGGACCUAAGAUAGUCGGACAUAAGUUCCCAGAAAACGUCGAGGUGAUACCUGGUAUAAAUGAACUAGUGUUUAGUAAUAUCGCUCAUAACAACACCGGUCCUUACAGAUGUGUGGCACAGAACGCAUGCGGCGUGACAUCAAAAUACGUCCAUGUUGGUCUGUUACCCCAGUAGGGUCUGAUUAAAAUGAUUGCAUUCGCAAAUCACGCUGUAUUUAAAUGCUAUU